AUGUCUACUAGACCAAAUGUGGCUGUCUUCCGUUCCCAAACUCCCCUGAAGCAAGAACUACCAACAGUGAAACUUGAAGAGUUUUCUUGGGAUCAGGAAUCCAUCCAUGGAGGAGGUCUAUCCAGACGAGAAGCCUGCCGACAGCGUUUCAGACACUUCUGCUACCAGGAGUCAGCUGGCCCAAAGGAGGCUCUCAGCAGGCUCCGGGAGCUUUGCUGCCAGUGGUUAAGGCCAGAGGCCCACACCAAAAAACAGAUCCUGGAGCUGCUGGUGCUUGAGCAGUUCCUCCUUGUCCUACCUAGAGAUAUUCAGGACUGGGUGCGUGGGAAGCACCCCAAGAAUGGCGAUGAAGUCGUGACCCUUGUGGAGGAUUUGCAGACAGACCUUAGCAAAGCAAGGCCUACGGUAUUUGGCCACACAUCCAGGUGGCUAAUGCCCUCGGAAAAGCCAACAAGCCUGAUCACUGGAGUGGAGCCCCAGAAUCCCCAACUGGAACCAGCCAAAUCUUUAAAAGAGGGAAAGUGGAGUCUUCUAGCUAAGUCCAAGCAACAGUUAACUCCUGGCCUACAAGGGGAAUUCCAUGCCUACCAAGAGAAAGGCUCAACUGUUCUUCAAGGCCAUUCUCCUUCCCAGGAGGAGAGAUCUAGAGACCUGGAGUUGGCAACUGUGCUGGAGUCCCUGACGGUUGAGGAUGUUGUAGUGGAGAAAGUCUGGCCUGCACCCUCUCUAGGGCCUGGAAUUGGAACACAGAAUAGGGAAAAAAUAAAGCAAGAAGGUUCAGAAAAACCUGCAACACUUCCAGAAAAGAUGGGCAAGGAUGUUUGCUUGAUGUCCAAUAGGGAAGGUUUACAAGAGAUUCAGUGGGGUGCUGACAAACAAUGGGGCCCUACUACUUCAGAGGGUAAAGGAAUAGGCUCCUCUAGUAAAAGUGAAGUUUGGGAAGUGAAAGUCUCUGAUGUCCAAGAUAAGUCCAAGCCUGAACUUGAGGAGACACCAAAGAAGUGCCCUGAGUGUGGAGUAAGCUUUUCCCAGUUGUCAUGCCUCCAGGCACACAGAAGAACCCACGAUUCCCUCAAGCCCUACCAGUGCCCAUGUUGUGGGAAAAACUUUGGCCGGGGUUCCAUCCUUAAGCUGCACCUGAGAACACACACAGAUGAGCGUCCCUAUGCGUGUUCCGAGUGUGGGGAAUGCUUCCGGCAGAGUGGUCACCUGAGAAAACACCAGCAGACCCACUCUGCAGAGAUGGCCUUCUUGUGCGCCGACUGCGGUCAGGGUUUCCAACAACGGUCCAGCCUCCUGCGACAUUUACACAGCCAUGCCAAGGAAACAGAGCCGGACAUCAAACCCGCCUUCCUGUGCUCCAUCUGUGGGCAGGGUUUCCAGCGGCAAGCCAAUUUCCAGCGUCACCUGGGCCUCCAUGGCGAGGAGAAGUCCCUCCAAGGUGCCGAGUGUGGCAAAAGCUUUCCUCCGGGUGCCAACGAGCAGCAGCAGCAGCAGCAGCAGCAGCAGCAAGCUCCCCUAGAGAAGAAGCCCCAUGUGUGCGGUGAAUGUGGCAAGGCCUUCCAGAGGAGCGAGCACCUGGUCACUCACCAGCGGAUCCACACAGGAGAAAAGCCCUUCUCCUGCCAGGACUGCGGGAGGGCCUUUAGCCAGAGCUCCCAGCUCACCAGCCACCGCCGCGUACAUACCGGGGAAAAGCCCUACGCCUGUUCGGAGUGUGGGAAGCACUUUGUGCGCCGCGCGGGCCUGGCCCGCCACAUGCUGACCCACGGCGGGGAGCGGCCCCAUCACUGCGGUCAGUGCAACAAGCGCUUCAGCCAGAGCCAGGACCUGAGCCGCCACCAGCGCAGCCACACUGGGGAGCGGCCCUGCCGCUGCAGCGAGUGUGGCGAGAGCUUCAGCCAGAGCGCCCACUUGGCUCGCCACCAACGCAUCCACACUGGGGAGAAGCCGCACCCUUGUGACACCUGCGGCCGCUGCUUCCGAAACAGCUCCAACCUGGUCCGCCACAUCCGCACCCACACCGGGGAGAGGCCCUACCACUGCAAAGCCUGCGGGCGGAGCUUCCGCCGCAAUGCCCACCUGCAGCGUCACCUGGGGACCCACCCGGCCACUGACGCCCCAGAAGCAGGCAAAGAGCUCCAAGAAAUGGGGGGCGCUAAGGAGGCCCCUCAGCAGUGCAAACAGUGUGGGAAGAGCUUCAGCAGGGGCUGUAACCUGCUUCGCCACCAAGCCAUCCACACCGGGGCCAGGCCCUACUCCUGUAGCCAGUGUGGGCGGAGCUUCAGCCGCAAUUCUCACCUGAUGAGACACCUAAGGACCCAUGUCAAGGAAACUCUGUAUUAG